AUGAGCGACGAAGAUUUCUUCACCUCCAGCGAUUCCUUUGCUACCAAUCCAAACGACAACAACAACACUGCCGAUGAUAUGUUUGGUGAUCAACAACAACCAUCAUCUUUUGAUGAGCAAAACAAUGAUGGAUUUGGUGAACCACAAGGAGAUUUUUCUUCAUUCCAAAACGAAGAUUCCUAUCAGGAAGCUCCUGUGGUUGAUAACGGAUUUGCUUCAUCCGAGCCUGUAGCUGAAUCUCUUCCACAACAAAAACAAUUGACAGCUAUUAGAGAAUAUGAGGAGAAGAGAUAUACUGCUCUUAUUGAGAAGGACAAGGAAAGCGAACAACACCACAAGAAAAUUGUGGAAGACGCCAAAGUGUACAAACAAAAGUGGUUGAAAGACCGUGAAGAUAGAAAGGACAGCAACUUGAAAAAGAACAGAGAAGAUGAGGAAAUCUUCCGUUCAACUAUGGAGACUGUUCACGACAAUGUAUGGGAAAAUGUAAUGAAAUAUGUUGACUUGAAUAAGGCCAAGUCACAAAACAAACUUGACAAGGAAUUGGACGAUAUGGACGAUCAAAUUCUCAAGAAGAAGAAAAAGAAGAACCAAAAGGAGGAAGAGGAAAAGAAGCCAGUUCAAAAGAAGCUUGACCUUGAUCUUGAAAUUGAACAAAAGGAUACAACAAGACUCAGAAAGAUUUUGUUGGAAUUGAAGGCAGAAGCUCCAGCUCAUUAA